GCCAUUCACAUUACAUUAUUCGUCCUGUCUUGUUUUAAUCUGUGUGUGUGGUUAUUAUAUAUAGAGAAUUGUAGACAUUGUAGCAACCAUCUCAAAUUUGAGCUUUCUGUGAAAGAACAGGAACAAUGGCUAACAGGUGCCACGUUAGAUCAAUUAGCUUGCCUUCCAGAUCCCAUUCUACCACUCUCAAAAUCCAAGAGGAGCUUAACAAGCUCAAAAAAUGGGAGGCAUCAUCCACAUCAACAUUGGGGACAAUCUGCAAUGGCCUCUCUGGAAUGGAAGAGUUGUACAAAUGCUUGGAUGAGCUUCUUAGUUUGCAGUCCACCCAACAAGCCAUCUCCCACCAUCAACAUGAGAAAUGGGUUGAAGAAUUGUUGGAUGGAUCUGUAAGCCUUUUAGAUGUUUGUGGCACAACAAGGGAUGUCAUAUCAGAAUUUAAGGAAAAUGUUGGAGAUCUUCAAUCUGCUCUCAGGAGGAGAAAAGGAGAUGUGUGCAUUGAAAGCAGCAUCAACAAUUACAUUUGUUCAAGAAAGAAGAUGAACAAGGAUGCCAAAAAGUUGCUAGCAGCAAUUAAGAAGAUGGAUAACAAAGCUGGGGCCUCUCCACUCUUAGAUCAAGAUCACCAGCUCUCCACAGUGAUCAAAGUGCUCAGAGAUGUUAAUGCAAUGAGCAUUUCUAUCUUCCAGUCACUUGUGUUGUUCUUGUCCUCACCAGUGUUGAAGUCAAAACCAAGUAGAUGGUCACUGGUUUCAAAACUUAUGCAAAAGGGAGUGGUUUCUUGCGAAGAAAAGCAUGAGAAUGUUAAAGAGUUGGAGAAUAUAGAUUUUGCACUAAGCGCCAUUUCAGGCGAAAGAGCAGACUUGGAGAAGAUGCAAAUUGCUCAAAAAGGACUGGGGGCUUUGGAGGUCAGCAUUAAAGGCUUUGACAAUGGUUUGGAGUGCAUGUUUAGGCACUUGAUCAAAACAAGAGCCUCUAUCCUCAACAUCAUCUCUCACUAGAGUAAUGUCAACAGCCUUCUCUACCUCCAAAUCCUGCACAGGAUUCGAAUUUUAGAGGAUCUGCAAAAGGGUUUAGUUUUUCAAUCCAAAGUCAAUGUAUACGAGUGUAAAGAAACAUAUUUACACAAUGAAAUGCUAUUAGAAUUUGAA